ACUACACAGAUAAUAAUUUCUCCUGCCUGAAGCACUGAUGGCUGCGAUGGUUGGAAGUGUGGGCGUCAUGGUGACUCUCCUCAUGUGUGUUCUUGGAGGCCAAGCGCUGGACCUGCUGAGGGUGACUGCAACAUCAGGGACUCCUCCCUCCACUCCCAGAGUGCAUUGCUGGUGUUCAAGCUACCCAAACAUGACUCUUUGCUCCUGGCCUGAACCCUCUAUCUCCCCUCCGACACACUACAUUGCCACCUACAGUGAGCGACACAGACCACUGGACACUAAGCAGUGCCAACUUAUCCAACCCGGCUCUUCAUCCUCUGAUCUGACUUCAACAUCGUCAUCCUCAUCUGAACGGUUGUGGCACUGCCAACUGCCCAACCUGCGGCUCCUCACUGACUACAUCUUCAACAUCACAGCAGUUUAUUCUGGUGGAAGCAGCUCCCAUCUAUCAAGCUUCAUGCUGGAGGAUAUAGUGAAACCAGAUCCUCCCGUAAAUGUCCGGGUUUCCCCUCAGGACGUCAGAAACCUGCUGGUGCAGUGGUCUCCUCCCCCUUCUUGGGCUAACCUAAACAUCUUCCCCCUAAAAUACCAGAUACUAUAUCGAUGGGAAAACAGGGGCAAUCCGAAGUCUGUCAAUGAAGAAGAGCAGGCAGCAGCUCCAGAGACGGACCCCCAGUCAGCAGUUGCAGCAACCCAAAUCCAGCCAACACAAACCCCAGAACCGAGGGACCUGACAGCCACGACUCCCAGCCAGAUCAGCAAACUUUCUGUUGCUGCCGUUACACAGCUGGGUCCGUUUGAGAGCACCAAGGUUGAGCUGAAGGGCCUGACCCCAGGAAGGACCUAUGUAUUCCAGGUGUGUGCGAAGGAGCUGCUGGGUCUGGGCAUGUGCAGCGACUGGAGCUCACCUGUAAAAAUCACCAUACCACGAAGAAAACUGUAGAGACUCUCCCUCUCACUACCUGUUUUAU